AUGGGUUCAACUGGGGACGACUACUACGACCUGGGGUCCUUCCACCGGGAGGUCACUACCCGGAAUGCCACUGCCCAGAAAUGGUUUGACCGCGGUCUGGUCUGGUGCUAUGGCUUCAAUCACGAAGAGGCGGCACGCUGCUUUGAGAAGGUCAUUGAAAACGAUCCGGAGUGCACCAUGGGGUACUGGGGGCUUGCGUAUGCGCUUGGGCCCAACUACAACAAGCCCUGGGAGCUGUUCGACGAGAAGGAUCUGGAGACGACUCUGAGAAGGGUCCACGAUGCGGUGCAAAAGGCACAAGAGCACGCCGCCAAGGCCACGCCAUUCGAACAGGCCCUUGCCCAGGCCAUCCAAUUCCGCAAUCCAAAGGACGUCGCGGACAAGGACUACUCCCGGUACAACAAGGCCUACGCCGACGCCAUGGAGACGGCGUACCGCCAGUUCCCUGACGACCUGGAUAUGGUGACGUUAUACGCCGACGCGCUGAUGAACAUCACGCCGUGGGAGCUCUGGGACCUGCGCACCGGCGAGCCCACACCGGGUUCCCGCGCCAUUGAGACCAAGACGGUGCUGGACCGCGCCGUGGCCGAGCACGAGCAGCAGGCCCACGAGCACCCAGGCCUGCUGCACAUGUACAUCCACAUGAUCGAGAUGUCGCGCACGCCUGAGCUGGGAGUCGCGCUGGCGGACCGGCUGCGCGACCUCAUCCCAGACGCUGGCCAUCUGCGGCACAUGCCCUCACAUCUCGACAUCCUAAUCGGCGACUACCGGCGCGCUAUCGCUAGCAACGCGGCCGCCGCCGUGGCCGACGAUAAGUACCACGCGCGUGAGGGCGGCAUGAACUUCUACACGCUAUACCGGCUGCACGACUACCACUCGCUCGUCUACGCCGCCAUGUUCAACGGCCAGUCACGCAUUGCGCUCGACACGGUCGCCAAGAUGGAGGAGCACCUGCCCGCUAGCCUGCUCAGCGUCGACUCGCCGCCCAUGGCCGACUGGCUCGAGGCCUUCCUUUCGGCGCGGCUGCACGUGCUGGUGCGCUUCGGCCGCUGGCAGGACAUCCACGACCUCCAGCUGCCCGCCGACCAGCAGCUCUUCUGCGUGACGACCGCCAUGACGCACUACGCCAAGGGCAUCGCGUGGGCCGUCGAGGGCGACGUGGCCCGCGCCGAGGAGGAGCGCAUCCGCCUGCACGCCGCCGUCGAGCGCGUGCCCGACUCGCGCAUGGAGUAUCCCAACCGGUGCAGCGACAUCCUGGCCAUCGCCAAGGCCAUGCUCGACGGCGAGCUGGAGUACCGCAAGGGCAAUUACGAGGACGCAUUCAAGCACCUGCGCAAGUCGGUUGAGCUCGACGACGCCCUCAACUACGCCGAGCCCUGGGCCUGGAUGCAACCCACCCGCCACGCCUACGCCGCGCUCCUGCUCGAGCAGGGCCACGUCGAGGCCGCCGCGCAGGCCUACGCCGCCGACCUGGGCUUCGACGAGACCCUGCCGCGCGCCCGCCAGCACCCCAACAACGUGUGGGCCCUGCACGGCUACCGCGAGUGCCUCGCCCGCCUCGGCCGCGGCCGCUCCGCCGAGGCCCGCAUCGUCGAGCAGCAGCUGCGCCUGGCCGUCGCCGUCGCCGACGUCCCCGUCACCGCUUCGUGCUACUGUCGUCGAAGCGACGGCGGAGGUGAUUACGACAGCCCCGCGACGGCGGCCGUGGCGGAAGCGGUAGGGACGAAGUCGAGCUGUGGCGGUUGUUGA